AUGAGGGUCAAUUUUGAAAAAGAUGGAGAGGAAGCAUGCUUGAGAGUGAAGAAGGUUGACAGCGAUUGCUUGAUUGAUUACCUGAUUAGGCAGCAGCAGCAGCGGAGGGACGCCGCAGCCGAACACGGUGCCCUAUCGUCCGAGGACGCUAGGACACAAGCCUUGCAUUUUAUAGUGCUUUCUGUGAAGCGCUGGCAGUGGCAGCGGUUGCUACAGCAAAUGGGAAAAGCCCAUGCUCGCACCCUCAUUGGUCGGCUGUUGGGCAAGGCCAGGCGGGGGCAAUCGAUUGCUCGCUUGUGCGUCCUAAUGCGUGGGGCUGUGAUUGUCAGUAAAACCACCAUUCGCGAUGAGAGUCUCCUUGUUCUCGGUGAAAAGUCUCACUCUACUAAGCGGGAGGUAAAAAUGCGCUAA